AGCUCCAGUCCCUCGCCACCUGAGCGUCAGACUCAGAAGCCGGCCUGACUCGGCGCGGGUAGGAGUGUUUCCCUCGCGCUCUGCAGCCACCAGGGGAAGGCCACGCCGCAGCUUAGGCAGUCACGGGAGAAUAACAUGUGCUAGUCUGCGAGUGAUUUCAAUACGACAAUGAAGCUGUUACUGAUGGUGGCGAUCACGGCGAUGGGAUGCCGGAUCCAGGCCGCUGACUUGGUGUGGGACACCAGCGAGUGGACGCCCAUCCUCACUAACUGCCCGACUUGCUCCCCUGAGAGGACACUCAAGGCCAAGGUUGUGGCCCGAACUCCUCAGAAAUCUAUUGGAUCAUUUAUUCCAGCUUCACUGAUCGGCGAAGGAGAGUCUGUCACUCACGGUUCACAAGUGUUGACAGCUAGGCACAGGACGUCACUCCGAACCGGUGAUGCCAAAGAACAGAGGUCUUCCUUCCAUCCCCCUACUACUCGUACUAUCCACAAGGCAUCUAUCGUUCCCAUAAAACCCAAAAUAUUAGAGCGUAACAAACCACAACCUGCUUCCUCUGCCGCUGGUGUGCAGCUGAUCUAUCUUCCUGAAGGUUCCAUUCAGCAACUUGCAUCUGCUAAUGCUGCCCGCAUCAUUUCCGGCUCGACAACCCGCCAGCAGCGAGGUAACUUCGUUGGAGUAGCGCAGUCAUCUCCGCAAAACCUGGUGCACAAUGUGGUGUUCUCUGAUAAACAAAAGAGAGAUCACUCGGGACGCUUGAUUGGGGGCGGCGUGUCCAAUGUCUUACCUGUAUCCAUUCUCACAACUCCCGGUCAGGAAAAGGAUGCCAAAGAAAAGCUAAAGCUUUUGGAAGCUGCUUUAACGACUCCAGAAGAAAAACAACCAAAUGAUGGUCGGCUUCCCCGUGUAUUCAUCGCCCCAUCUAAUGUGCCGCCCCCUCCAGGUUACAUAAAAAUUCCGCUAGUUCCUCAGGGGGAUUCUAGCGCUCCCACUGUCCCUGAUAAGGAUGGAGCUCUGCCACAAACUUUCCUCACCUCAGACAAUACUUCCCCACCUCCAGGCUUUAUCAAAUUUGACCUACCUGAGGGUGUAAGUCACCUGUCACGUGACAUCCCUGUGGUGGUUCCCAACGAUAUACCACAAGAAACAUCUCCUGGAUUCUCACACGUCCUUGACACCCUCGGCAUUAAUAGACAGCCCCGAACCAGCAAGAAUCAGGGCCCACCAAUCCAGACCAUACCACGUGAUGACCCCAAGUUUUCAAUUGCUUCUGGUUUCCCUGGUCCUGAACAGCGGCCAUUCCCAUCACAUAGUCAUACUCGACAGCCUCCGCCCCCUAACCAGGCUCCAGAUUUCUUACAGUUCAGUCAGCCUUCGCCCAACCAGGCUGUGCCCCUGUUCAGCCAAACGAAACAGUCCUUCCCGGGACAACCCCAGUUUCCACAAGUGCAACGCCUUCAGCCAACACAGUCCUUCCCUCCACCAGACCAGUCUUCUCCACGACCUGGAAGCCCUCCUCGUCCUGCAAGACCUUCCUUGACUAUCAAUCUGGGUCAACAACAGCCAGACCAACCUUCCCCACCCCAAAGCCAACCCUUCCCACUGACAGAAAGCCCUCCCAUUCCUAAAGAACCCACCCCACAGGUCAACCAGAUUGUUCCUCAGCCUGGGCAGCCAGGACAAUCCCAGAAACCCUUACAACAAAGGCCAAUCUCACAGAGUGGUCAACAUUUCCCACCACGCUUCGGACAGCCACCGAGGCCUGCCCCACAGCUCCCUCCGUUCAGUCAGGAUCCAUCACAGCCCAGGCCAGCCUUUCCACAGCCUGCACAACUUGGCCAACAGCCUUUCCUACCACAACCUGGCCAGCAACUUCCUCCACCACCUGGCCAGCAACUCCAACAGCAACCCCAACCACGACCUGACCAACAAACUCCUCCACAACCUGGCCAGCAACCUCCUUCACCACCUAGCCAGCAACUCCUACAGCAAUCCCCACGACGACCUGGUCAACAAACUCCUCCACGACCUGGCCAGCAACCUCCUCCACCACCUGGCCAGCAAUUCCCACAACAACCCCCACGACGACCUGGUCAACAAACUCCUCCACGACCUGGCCAGCAAUCUCCUCCACCACCUGGCCAGCAAUUCCCACAGCAACCCCCACCACGACCUGGCCAACAACCUCCUCCACCAUCUGGCCAGCAACGCCCACCACGACCUGGCCAACAACCUCCUCCACCACCUGACCAGCAACGCCCACCACGACCUGGCCAACAACCGCCUCCACCACCUGGCCAGCAACCCCCACCACGACCUGGCCAACAAAUUCCUCCACCACCUGGCCAGCAACCUCCUCCACCACCUAGUCAGCAACUCCCACAACACCCUCCACCACUACCUGGCCAACAAACCCCACCACAACCUGGCCAGCAACCUCCUCCAAGACCUGUCCAAAAACCUCCACCACGACCUGACCAGCAACCUUCUCCAAGGCCUGGCCAACAAUCCUCACAACCAAAUCCAUCCAUCCCACAGCCUGAUCAGCCAUUUCAACAGCCUGGACAGCCUUCUGGGCAGCCUAACCAAUCUCCUCCUCCACAGCCUGGUCAGCUGCAGUCAGAACAACAGUCAGGGCAACCUACCCAACCUAACUCACAGCCUAUACAACCUGCUAUUCCUUCCUUGCCAUCUCAACAGCCUGCCCAACCAUUACCACAGGGCAGACAACCUCCACCACCAGCUGGCCAGUCAUUCCAGCAACUUGGCAGACCAUUCCCACAGUCUGGCAGACGGCCUCCACCACCAUCUGGCCAACCAUUCCCACAGUCUGGCCAACCAUUCCCGCAGCGUGGCCAACCUUUCCCACAACCUGGACAGCCAUUUCUACAGCCUGGCCAACCAUUCCCACAGCCUAGCCAACCAUUCCCACAUGGCCAACUAUUCCCACAACCUGGACAGUCUAACCAGUUUCCCCCACCCAGCAAGCCAUUAUCACAGCCAGUACAGCCUGAUGUUCCUUCACAACCUAGCCAGUCUGUCUCUCCUGGUCGACCUUCUCAACCCAUCCAACCUACUCCAACGCCCAUCCAGCCGUUCUCACAGCCUGGCCAGCCUAUUCCACAGCCUGGUCCACCUGUAGCACACUUUGGACAACCUCGUCAGCCCCAAUUAACAUCUACUUCUCCUUCCCCAUCUUCUACGCCAUCCCUGAGUCGUGGGUCAAGCCCAACAUCACAGGCCAGACGUCCCUCAACACUCCAGACUACCCCAAGGCCCACCUUUACAUCUCCAUCUACUCCAAGCCCGAAUCUUACUCCCCAUUCCACCGUCGGUCAGAGCUCUACCUUCCAGCCUCCUACAAGUCCAAGGUUCACUUCCCAAUUCACUCCAAGGUUCAGCACCACACUCCGGCCCACAUCACAGCAAAGUUUCACACCCAGUCAGAGUCAGAGUUCUACCUUCCAACCUCCCACAAGUCCAAGGUUCAUUUCCUUACCCGCCCAAAGACCAAGUUCCAUAUUCCAGCCUACUCAAAGCCCAAGGUUGACUUCCCUGUCCACAACCCAUAGGGCAACAUCAUCUCCUAGAAUCACCCCAAGACCAAGCAGCACCACACAGUUUACUCCACGACCACGUUUACCUCCUAAUUCAUUCAGUCCCCAGAAUGAACAAACAAUUUCUGAGUCUCCCUUGAUUCCACAGUCUUCGCCAAGCACCACAUCUAGACCUCCAUCAAGCACUGUGGCUCCUGCACCUGUAACUCAGGUGCCAGUUAUUUCUAUUCCUGGAGCAGUACCUCAAGCACCGCCAGGCUCUGCCUCUCCUUUCACACCUGGAUCAGUUAGCACCACUCUCAGGCCUCAACUCGUCUCCACAGUUGACUUCUCAGACUCUCCUUCACUUUCUGAGAGGCCCGUCGUGUCUUCCACCCUGAGGCCUCAACCUGUCUCCUUCUCAGGGUUUCCACCACCUCUCCUGAGAUCCACUCCAAGGCCCCAGCCAGUGUCCUUCCCUCCUCGUCCACUUAACCUUCCUACUUUUGCACCCUUCGGUGUUAGUAAGCAACCAUUUUCCCAUCAACCUGAGAGCGAAAAGAAAAUCAGACAGCGGCCUCGUACUCGGAUUCCUUCAUUUAGGAAGCCUCAAAAGCCUUCAACUUCAGAGCCACAGUUGCCUGUUAAUCAAGACUUUGCGCCAUUCCAACCACCAACGCUAACCUCUACAGGAAUAGAGGAACAAACACCUUCCUUCCAGCCAGAGGUAACCACCGAAGGGAUCCUUUCUACUGUGUCUAGCGCGCUACCUGCUGCCUCCACCACUACUACUACCACACCCAGGGUCACCACCUUUAAGCCAAGGUUCAAUUUCAACAUCGCUAACAGACGUCCGUUCCUGCGGCGCAAACAGCGUCCUGUAGCUACACCGGAAAAGGAGGACGAGGGAGCAGUGAAAAAGGAAACUGACACUACGUUUAAAAAGGACGGAGGUGAGAAAAAGACUGAGACCGUUACUCUCUUCCCACCCUUCUCUGUUGCUCGCACACUCAAUCCACUGAGAACACGGAAAGAAGGUAACGACAGUGAGACCUCCUCUCCAGGAGUGACAGCAUCUCCUACAGGUGUCUUUGGAAGAAGACUUAAGCCUCGAACCCGACGCCCACUUACAAGUAACCGUUUCAGAACCAGAGAGCCUGCAAUCACAUCUGAUGUGGUCGAAGAGGUCACACCUGGUACUGUCACUCCUACAAAAAUUCCCAGUGAAACCAAAACUAGAAGUCGUGGACCAACAGGUCUGAGAGGACGAGAGCUUCCCGAGUGGCUGAAGGAACGACGACGCAAUCGUGGGCGUGGGCGUUUCAGAGGAACAGAUGUUCCUCGCAAGACAGAAAAGAAGCAGGUAGAAGACGAUCCUUUGGAUAUUCUUGAGAACAAUGGAUUUAAUGGCGCCGAGUCUACGGUGGUAGAAUUCAGCAGACCGCCCGAGAAUAAUGUGCAGCGGCCUCUCAGUCCCCACGACGCUUUGAAACAGCUGGCAGAGGACGCAAGUGAUGCUGCCACCAAGAACAUCGCAGAGUUGUUGGAUGCUGCAUCGAGAGCUGGCUCUAGGUAUGCCAGUGAGGCAACUCAAGAUUCUGGGAUAGGGACAGACAUUGUUCAGCUCGAUACUUCAGAACACACCACAAACAUUGAUGAGAAGCCUGGUGUUUAUGGAAGUCCCAGUGAAGGUGGAGUACUGGAUGCAGAAUAUGUUGAUGAUGCUCCCGUUGUGGAUGAAACUGAAAUCGUGCCUGCACCUGAGCCUGAGCCUCAAGCAGAGACCUUUGAUGAUGCUGCCACGCCCCAACUGGAACUUCAGCACCCACCACAGUAUGUAUCUGAGGACGACCUUAAGGACAAACCCGAGACGCUCCUCCCACCUCAUCGUCUUUUAGAGUUACCCUUAUCCCAUUUGACUCACAUAAACCCCACGAGGGCAGCUCUCACACUCUCACCAGUACCACCACAGAACCGACUGAGACAACCAAAUUUUUCAAUCCCCUCUACAGAAAAUCUUGACGACGGAAGUACACGGACACGUAUCAAGGAGGACCAUAGAGAAGUCUUUUCCCCCAAGGACAAUACUGACACUCCUAGUAGUGACCUAAAUAAUACAAUGACUGUGGCUGUUGUCAGUACCAAUAGUACCAACAAUGGGGACGGGGGAGCUUUAGGACGGGAAGAAGGUGACACUUCUUACUACAAGUACGAAUUGAGUACUGAACUCCCUGAAAUGGGAACUCUGUACCCUAACGAUCAAUUCACUACUCUUUCCCCAGGUGAGUCAGAAGAUUACUACACCUAUGAAUAUGACGACCUCUACGACGACCACGCUGAGCAGAAUGAGGACCAGAAGUUCGGUGGCAGUAAAGCUGAAGUUGUCUUCGCUGUUCCUGUCACAGACUACGAGUAUAAUCCAGAGGACGCGCUAACAACUACUCCAGCGGCUGAGAUUGUUGUGGAGUUAAGUGAGGCUUCUUUUGCUGACUCUAAAGUAACGGCCUUGAAAAGCCCAGUGAGCACACAGACUGUCACCGAGACUUCUCAAACGGCCAUUAGUGAUUCCGAAAAUGUUUUCAAUGUACAUGACAUAUUAGAUGUGUCUCAGGUAACUGAGGAGGUGCCCUCAGUGACUGAAGAGUCUCUUCAGGUGACUGAAGAGGUACCUCAGGUAACUGAAGUGCCCCAGGUGACCGAGGAAGUGUUUGAAGUGACCGAGGAGGUGCCACAGAUGACCGAGGAGGUUCCUAUGGUGACCUUCGAAGACACAGUUCCAGAGACAACCAGUGAGUCAGCGGUGACUGGCGAGACUCACCCCGUGACUGACGCCUCCAACAUUGAAGGAAAGGUUGAAGAGCAGCAGCCAUACGCCCCCUCCUCCACCCCGAGACCCGCGACGCCUCUCAUUACCUUCCUACCUUUCCCCUUCACCACCACUACCACCACCACCGCUCCCACCACCACCACACCCGCCACCUCCACUUCCAGGCGACGACUCGUGCCCAUCAGGCCUCUCCAUGCUCGUCUACUGGGAGCCAGAAAGAAGAAACUAUCCUCAGGGGCGUCUUCCGUCAAAGUUAAGAAGGACUCCAACGCUCUCAAGAUCGUAGGCAAAUCCACAGUGGCGGAGGUCCAAUCCUCUGACCCUGUGGUUUGCUUCCCUGGACAUCCCUGCGUCAGGGCAGUGGGAGUGGGGCGUCUCUUGCGUCCAUAAACAGCUCAUCACUUCACCUCCAUCCUCAGGCUUUCUAAGGCUCCCUGUCCUGCCUGAACCAAACACAUCAAUCAGAUUUAUUUUCUCAGCGUUCGUUUCAUCUUAUUCAUUCUCACUAAAAACCGGUAGCCACUAUAGGUUAAGGCAACUGCUGCGGGCCACACACACACACACACACACACACACACACACACACACACACACACACACACACACUAAAGUUAGAUCACAGCUGUUCAUUCCCGCCACAGGCUAUUUGGCGUCUCACUAAAUCCUGAAUUUUAAGAAGUAUCCAAAUCAUCAUUCAUAUAACAACUGAAAUUUAACAUGGCAGCAAAAUUUGGUAAAUAUAAUGACUUGAGAUGUUCCUUGUUAUGAAUAUGGGAGUACUGUUUUGUUUGAUUCAUUAUCCAAUGUGGGGAGCAUGAACAUGGUGGCUAUGGUGGGCCCGCGCAGCCACUCCUCAGGGCGGGACAGGGUUGUUUCUGUAGAUAUGUAAUUUAUUUUCCCAGCCUCGGAGAGCGUCAGCUGGUCUGCUGCUCUUAUGAGGCAGUUCUGGAGCCGCCAGUCGGGGUCACCGUUCAGUCAAUAUGUAUUAUAUAAGUUGUGUAUUAUAACCACUAAAUAAAGAGUUGUUUUAUA